AUGAGCGGGGUCGACAGCGCGCCCGACAAGCUCCCGCAGAUUGACAAGAAGGCGUACGAUGCGCAGAUCCACUUCCCCGGCGAGGGGUACAGCGGCAAGAACAAGGUCCCGACCGUCUCUGCCUUUCUCGCGCGUCAACAGGCCAUGACGGAGGACCACUCGGCCGAGGUCGACAAGCUUCGUGCGUCGCGGGCACAACAGUCUCAAGCCGAGCAGGCGAAGCGCGACCGCGAAGGCGGAAGUGCGGCGGACGUGAGUGACGGAGCCAAGACGGAUGCGGCGGCGCAGGGAAAGUCGGCGGGACAGCUCGAGAAGGAGGAGAUGAUGAAGAAGGCGAGGGCGAACCAUCAGCCCAAUGCCCAGGACUUUGAGGCCCAGGGCGAGCGCGAGGUGUUCGAUCCCGUCACGCACAAGAUGGUCGUCAUUCGCGAUGCCAAGCUUGAAGACUUCCAGAACCCCAAGCUCUUCGACCCUCAGAACCUCGACCCGUCAAACCUCGGCACAGGCGGGCCCUCGACGAACCCUCCCUCCAGCGGCGGGGCGUCAAUCAAGCACACGACCCCUCUGCCCGUCGAGCCGUCCAACAUCAACUUCUUCCCGUACCCUCCUCCCGUCGACCAAAACGGUCUCAAAGCCAUCACGCGCACGAUCAACUCGUAUGCGCUCGCGAUCCUCGGCGGACUAGGCGUGAUCUGGUUCUUCACGGCUUGGAGGGCGGGAUGGGCCGCGUUUCUCUUCCGCUCGCAGGUUAUCGGCGCAGUCGCGUUGUGCGUCUUCUUUGCGCAUGGCAUCGUCGUGAGGAAGAUCGAGAAGGAGCUCGAGCGCAUCCGCCUCGAGAUGCACAAGCAGCGCGGGAUGAAGUUUUCGCCCCCGACGCCCGAGUCGGUCGAGUGGCUCAACGCGUUUACCAAGGUCAUCUGGCCGCUCAUCAACCCGGAUAUGUUCACCUCGAUCGUCGACAUGAUUGAGGACACGCUCCAAGCCUCGUUGCCUGGCUUUGUCGACGCGGUCAAGAUCGAAGACAUGACUAUCGGCAAGAACGCCUUCCGGAUCCUCAACAUGCGUGCAUUGCCGGACCAACCCACCGACCCGGACUACCCGAAAGAAGAGUGGAUCGAUCAAGGUGACCGCGAGGCUGCGCUCGACCCGAACAGGCGCAUCAAGAAGGAGAAGAAGAAGGAGGAGGAGUCGGAUGAGGUUAUGAAGCAGGAGAAUCCCGAGGACGAGGACCAGACGGGCGACUACGUCAAUUACGAGAUCUCGUUCGCCUACUUCGCCCCGCCGGGCAAGGAAAAGCUUCACGGCGAGAACAUCUCGCUGAUCAUCAAGUUCUUCCUCGGCAUGCACGACCUCUUCCACCUCCCCGUGCCCAUCUGGAUUGCCGUUGAGUCGAUUGUCGGAACCAUCCGCCUCCGAUGCCAGAUGGUCGCCCAGGCGCCGUUCAUCCGCAACGUCACGUUCACGCUCAUGGGCGUUCCGGCUAUCGAGGCUUCUGCCAUCCCGCUCUCCCGCGCUCUGCCGAACGUCCUCGACCUCCCGCUCAUCAGUGGCUUCGUCAAGUCCGCCAUCGCCGCCGCGUCCUCCAUCUACGUCGCUCCCAAGUCGAUGACUAUGAACAUUGCGCAAAUGCUCGCCGGCGACGGAGUCAAGCGCGACACUUCGGCGUUGGGCGUCUUUCAGAUUACGAUUCAUCACGGCGCCGGUUUGUCUGCGCAAGACGACAACGGCUCGAGCGACCCGUACGUCGUCAUCGCCUACAGCAAGUUCGGAAAGCCUCUCUUCUCGACGCGCAUCAUCCGCGAGGACCUCAACCCAGUCUGGGAGCAGACUGCCUUCAUCCUCGUCUCGGCCGACGAAGUGCGCGCAGCCGAGAACCUCUCGAUCCAGCUCUGGGACUCGGACCGCGUCUCGGCAGACGACCUUGUCGGCCGCAUCCAAGUUCCCAUCACGGAGCUCAUGCUCAAGCCGAAUGAGAUGCAGCACCGUACUGAUAAGCUCAUGGGCUUCGAGGAUGCCGACGAGAUGUCCGGUACCUUGACCUGGUCGGUCGCCUACUACGAAAAGGCCAAGCUCAACCCGGACCUCAAGAAGGAACCCGGCAUCGACCACUCGCUUCCCAAGGAGCUCCAGGACCACCCGCAGCUCAAGAUCGAGGAGAACAAGCAGGACACGCCCGAAGAAGCCGACGUCGAGCGCACUCCGCCCGACCCUCAGUACCCGUCUGGCAUCCUCUCGGUCAUCAUCAACCAGAUCCACUCGCUCGAGAGGCAGAAUCUCACCGGUGCGUCCGGCAAGAACCGAGAAGGCCAGGCUGGACAGGACACGGACGAGGCGUCGGAGCAGAACGGCAACUUGCCGUCGUCGUACUGCGAGAUCGUGGUCAAUGACGACCUGUGCUACCGCACGAGGGUCAAGCAAUACACCCAAAUGCCCUUCUUUUCCGCCGGAACGGAGAUGUUCGUCCGCGACUACACCAAGACUUCGCUUCGGAUCGUUGUCCGCGAUGCCCGCCUCCGCGAGCAUGACCCGAUCCUCGGCAUCGUCGACCUGCCUCUCCAGAAGACUCUCGCACACUCUUCGCAGGUCACGCGCAUGUACUCGCUCCAGGGAGGAGUCGGAUGGGGCAAGGUCAGCGUCUCGAUCCUCUUCAAGGGCGUACAGAUGAGUCUUCCGAAGGAGCUCAGCGGCUGGGAGACGGGUACCGUCGAGAUCAAGGGCCCCAUCAAGGUCGAGGCGGUCGCCGGCGCCGACUUUGACUGGCGCGAGAAGAAGCUCGUCCUCUCGACGUCGGAAGCCAGCACGAAGAUCUCGGCUCGCGCGGCCAACUCCAACGGCGACGGCGCUCUCGAAUGGGACAUCGACCACGACAUCCGCCUUCCCGUAUACGACCGCUACUCGUCGGCACUGUAUCUCGACUAUGGCGGCUCCUCCGUCAAGGUUGGCCCGCUCGGCUCGAAGCGCGACGCCUUUGCUGCUCUUUGGCUCGCUGAGCUCAUCGACGACGAGCCGAAGGAAGUCCGCUUGCCGGUCAUCGUCGCCAAGUCGCCGGCGGUCCGCUUCAACUACAUCAACGACCAGUGCCAGAAGACGCACGACUACGAGAUCGUCGGUUACCUCACCACGACGGUCGUCCUCGACUCGGGACUCGACGCCGAUCACGAGAAGUACGCCACAACGCAGACGGCGAGGCACGAGUUUGAGCAGUACGACCGCGUCGAGGGACAAGCCGCGCAGGCCGAGACCAAUGCUCACGCCAACGAUGACGGCGUUAUUGACAAGGAGGAGCAGAAGCAGAUCGACCGCGCUCACAAGAAGGCGCUCGAGUCUCGCCACCGCGGCAAGAUGCAGUUCCGCCCGUACCGCACCGCUGUCUGGGCCAAGGACGGCCUCAAGGACCGCGCGAGGGGCCUCAAGGACAAGCUCACCGGCGGCGGCAAGAAGGAGGAGACGAUCGCGACUGAGGGAGCUUGA